ACAGUCACUUCCUGAAGGCAGAAGCCCCAGCUUGGGUCCCACUUGCCUUGUGGCCCCAUCGCCUGCCUGCAGCCAUGGGAAGCCAUCAGGACUUCCGGAGCCUCCAAGCAAAGUUCCAGGCCUCUCAGCCCGAGUCCAGUGAAUUCCCCAAAAAACCUCCAAAGCCCGAGUUCAACAAACUCCUGAAGAAGUUUCCGCAGCCUGAGCUAAGUGAGCACCCCAAGAAGCCCCUGCAGCCCGAGUUUGCCGACCUCCCCAAGAAGCCCCUGCAGCCCGAGUUUGCCGACCUCCCCAAGAAGCCCCCGCAGCCCGAGUUCGCCGACCUCCCCAAGAAGCCCCCGCAGCCCGAGUUCGCCGACCUUCCCAAGAAGCCACCAAAGCCCGAGUUUUUCACUGACUUCCCCAAAAAGCCCUCCAAACCUGAAUUCAGUGAACUCUCCAAAAAGUUCCCACAGCUCGAGGCCACUCCAUUUCCCAGGAGGUCCCCGCAGCCCGAAGUCAGUGAGGCCCCUCGGAAGGCCUCACUGCUGGAGCCCAGUACUCCUGCCCAGAAGCCCCUGCAGCCGGAGCUUAGCAACCCUGCCAAGGUCCCUUCAGAACCCCAAUUCAGUGCAUUCCCCAGGAAGUUCCAGCAGCCUGAGUCCAGUGAGGCCACCCUAAAACCCUCGCAGCCUGAGUUCAGUACCUUUUCAAAGAAGGCCCCCCCACAGCCUGAGUCCAAUGUAUACCCCAAAAAGCCCCCACAGCCUCAGGUUGGUGGCCUCCCUAAAAAGUUCCUGCCGCAGCCUGAGUUCAGUGAGGUCCCUCAGACCCCCACCUCAAAGCCUGAGUCCAGUGAGCCUCACCCCCACUCCCCCCAGCCCAAUUUCACUUUAUUUCCCAAAAAGGUCCCACAGCCUCAGCUGAGUGAUCUCCCCAAGAAGCCCCUGCAGCCUGAGUUUGGUGACCUUACCAGGACAUCCUCAGAGCCCGAAGUCAGCGUACUUGCAAAGAGGCCACGGCAGCCUGACUUCAAAGCACCCCCCAAGAAACCCCCGCAGCCUGAGCUGGGCGGCCUCCCCAGGACGUCCUCGGAGCCCGAGUUCAACUUGCUCCCCAGGAAGUUUCUGCAGCUCGAGCACCGAGGGCCACCCCGAAAGUUCUCACAGCCUGAGACCACUGCUCUGCCCAAGAAGCACCCGCAACCUGAGUUUUUCAGUGAUCUCCCCAGAAAGCCCCCACUCCCUGGCUCAGUUUCAGAGAGUUCACUACCCACUGCCGUUGCAAGCUCUAGCCCCAGGUUCCCACUCAGCCCUGGGUUUGGAGUUGCUGGGACACACCGCCGGAGGUCAGGUGGUCUCGCUCACAGCGGAGGGUCAUUAGGCCUCAUAGCUGGCCAUCCACCCCAGCGCAGGCCUCUACCCCCUGCCAGCAGCUUGGGACCCCCUCCAGCCAAGCCCCCGCUGCCCCCAGGCCCUGUGGAUGUUCAGAGCUUUCGGAGAUCCUUUGCAGCAGCCACAGCUGUGCGGAGGACCCGCUCUUCUGCUGGAAUCCUCUUCCAGGCCCGACAGCGUGAAGCCAUCCUGCAGGACCCGGAUGAGAUCUAUGACGACGUGGAGCCCACAGACUCCAGCCCCGGCCCCAUGGGCAGAGGUUUGUUGGCGGCCUGCCCAGAUGAAGUGCCAGUGUCUACCCAGCAAGCCACCAAGCCACUGUCACCAGACUCAGAACUCAGGAAGAAGGUCCCCCAGCCACAGGAGCUGCCACUGCCCACGGACCCGAAGUUGCUGAAGCAGAUGAGGAAAGCAGAGAAAGCAGAGAGGGAGUUCAGGAAGAAGUUCAAGUUUGAAGGGGAAAUUGUGGUCCACACAAAGAUGAUGAUCGACCCCAACGCCAAGACCCGUCGCGGGGGUGGCAAGCACCUGGGGAUCCGGCGUGGGGAGAUCCUAGAGGUGAUUGAGUUCACCAGCAAGGAAGAGAUGCUGUGCCGGGACCCCAAGGGCAAGUAUGGCUAUGUGCCCAGAACCGCUCUCCUGCCCCUGGAAACGGAAGUGUAUGACGAUGUCGACAUUGGCUUCUGGGACCCUCUGGAGAACCAACCACUCCCCCGGGGACGGUAAGGCCUGCAGGUGUGGUGGCCCAGGAUAGCUGCCAGUCCAGCACCCACUAACCGAGGAGCCCUGGAUCCCAGCUGGGCAGAGCUUCCCAGGCUCACAUCUACCACAUAAAGCCCCUCUUUAAAGCAAU